AUGUUGGUCUCUAACAUCACAGUCUUCAUGCCAUCUGUCUUGACCCUAAUUGGGAUCCCAGGCCUAGCGUUUGUGCAGUGCUGGAUCGGAAUCCCAUUCUGUGCCAUGUACCUUAUUGCAAUGAUUGGAAAUUCUUUGCUUCUGUUUAUCAUCAAAUCAGAGCAUAGUCUUCAUGAGCCCAUGUAUAUUUUCCUAGGCAUGCUAGGAGCCACAGAUAUUGCACUUGCUACCAGCAUAUUGCCCAAGAUGCUUGGAAUCUUCUGGUUUCAUUUGCCAGACAUCUAUUUUGAUUGCUGCCUGUUCCAAAUGUGGUUCAUCCACACAUUUCAGUGCAUAGAGUCAGGCAUUCUGCUCGCCAUGGCCCUGGACCAUUAUGUGGCAAUCUGUUAUCCACUAAAACAUGCCACAAUUUUCACCCACCAGCUAGUCACUCAAAUAGGAGCUGUUGUAAUACUCAGGGCUGCCAUUCUUGUAGCCCCAUGCCUAGUACUGAUAAAGUUCAGGUUCCAAUUUUAUCACACAACAGUCAUCUCUCACUCCUACUGUGAGCACAUGGCCAUUGUGAAACUAGCUGCAGGAAAUGUCAGGGUCAACAAAAUCUAUGGUUUGUUUGUGGCCUUCACUGUUGCAGGGUUUGACCUCACAUUCAUUGCAUCCUACAUUCGGAUAUUUACCACAGUUUUUAAUUUGCCCCAGAAGGAGGCCAGGUUUAAGACGUUCAACACCUGCAUCGCUCACAUCUGUGUCUUCCUCCAGUUCUACCUCCUGGCCUUCUUCUCCUUCUUCACACACAGGUUUGGCUCUCACAUUCCUCCUUGGAUCCAUAUCCUCUUCUCUAGCAUUUACUUGCUGGUCCCUCCAUUCCUCAACCCACUUGUCUAUGGUUUAAAGACUAAGCAGAUUCACUUUAAUGUGAUAAAAAUGUGCUGUUCAUAA